UGAUCAAAAUAUAAAUUUAUUGAUAAUUGAGUGGUCACGGUUGUAGUUUAUCCUUAAAUUAUUGUAAAUUAUAUAUUUUAUUAUUUUUAAAUAAAAUCAAUUGUCAGCCGCCAAUAAAAAUGGAAAAAGAAAACAAAUCUAGCCAAAGAAAAAAAAAGGGAAAAAAAACUCCCAUUACCAGGAAGAAACUAGAAAGUAACACUGCCAAUUUGAACUCAGACCAAAAAACACACACUUUCUGGACCAAUUAAUUUCACUUUCUAUCUAUUUCUUCGUUUUCCGAUCCUUCUUUGUUGCAUUUCUUCUCUACUCUCUGAGUUUUGACUUUGGGUCAAUUUAUUUAAAUUCCAAUCUGUUUUUCUUUUGGUAGAUUCUUUUUUGGUUUUUGUUUUGUUGCAUGUUUUCUAUUUAUAAUCCAUAGAAAAGAUUCAAUCUUUUUCUUUCAUCUAGAAUUGUUUUUUUUUUCUCCUGUUUUCUGUUUCUUCGCUUUUCUGGACCGUGAAUAUGAAAAAAUCCAAAAUGAACUAAAGGAUUGGAUCGGAGUCAGCUGGUGGAUACUCUGAAAAUCAAUGAAGUUUCCAUCUUGAAUUCAGAACUUCAAUUCAAUUUCCGAUCAGCAGAAUUGGGUUAUUUUAUUUUGGCUUUUUUUCGUGUUUUGAGUGAUUUCUACGGUAAUGGAGCUAUCGGGAAUACUAUUAGUUUUGGGGGCUAGAAAAGGUUGAUUCUUAUUUAUUUAUUUGGGGGGGGGGAUAGUUAUGGAUGAAGUUGGCCCUAGUAAUCAAGAAGAGUUUAAGGGGUACUCAAGAUUGGGCACAGAGCAAAAACCUGCGUUGCGAUGGCGACCGAGGCAACUGGUUUUUCGGCCUUAUUCAUCUAUAAAUGGUGCUGAUAGAAAGCUGCGUGUUGUUGUUAGGAAGCCUUUGGUGGCAAGACUGACAAAGGACAUAAUAGAAACUUACCAAAUAUGCAAUCCAAAAUUUAAAUAUUCAGAAGAAUUGAACCCAAAGAGGUUUUUGACUAGCCCAUCUGUUGGUGUCCUCAAUGAUGGCCACGACAAUGUGAACUCGGAUCUGAUUCUAACUGUGAACUUUGUCUUGAUAAAUUUAGAAACACGGCGAAGAUAUAUUGUCAAAAAUGUUCUUGGUCAUGGGACUUUCGGGCAGGUUGCUAAGUGCUGGGUUCCAGAAACAAGCAGUUUUGUUGCUGUGAAGAUAAUUAAAAACCAACCUGCUUACCAUCAGCAGGCACUGGUUGAAGUUUCUGUUUUGACAACGUUGAAAAAAAAGUAUGAUCCGGAAGACGAGCAUCACAUUGUCCGUAUUUAUGAUUACUUUGUAUAUCAACACCAUUUAUGCAUUUGUUUUGAACUUCUCGACACAAAUCUGUACGAGCUUAUCAAGAUAAAUCAUUUUAGGGGUCUCUCAUUGAGCAUUAUUCAGCUGUUUUCAAAACAGAUUUUACGUGGACUGACUUUGUUAAAAGAUGCUGGAAUAAUUCAUUGUGAUCUUAAGCCAGAAAAUAUUCUUCUCUGUACAAGUGUCAAGCCAGCAGAAAUUAAAAUAAUUGACUUUGGAUCAGCUUGCAUGGAAGAUUGGACUGUUUAUUCCUACAUUCAGAGCCGGUAUUAUAGGUCUCCUGAAGUUCUUCUUGGAUAUCAAUAUACAACAGCUAUUGACAUGUGGUCCUUUGGCUGCAUAGUUGCUGAACUCUUUCUUGGGCUGCCAUUAUUCCCAGGUGCUUCAGAAUUUGAUCUUCUAAGGCGAAUGGUUGAAAUUCUUGGAGGGCAGCCCCCUGAUUAUGUUCUAAAGGAGGCAAAAAACACAAGUAAGUUCUUCAAGUGCGUCGGGAGAAUCCACAAUAUAGGGAAUAGUGAAGUUUGUGGCAGAAGUGCUUACCAAGUAUUAACAGAAGAAGAAUAUGAAGCUAGGGAGUUAAAAAAACCGUUGAUUGGAAAAGAGUAUUUCAAUCAUAAGAAUCUUGAAGCAAUAGUUACAUGCUAUCCUUACCGGAAAAACUUGCCUAAAGAAGAUAUCAUUAAAGAAAGUCAGGUACGAUUAGCUUUGAUUGAUUUCUUGAGGGGACUAGUUGAGUUUGAUCCGGCAAAACGGUGGUCACCUUUCCAGGCUUCGAAACACCCUUUUGUUACUGGGGAACCUUUCACACGGCCAUAUAGGCCUCCGCCAGAGACCCCUCACUUGCUGGUUGCUCGAAACAUUAAGGUGGACCAUCACCCUGGUGGAGGGCAUUGGUUUGCAGCUGGUCUUUUCCCUAAUGUUUCAAAGAGGAGCGGAGUUACUUUUCAUAACAGCCCACAGUUCCCAAUGGUACCGUAUGGUCAUGCCAAUUGCUAUAGCAGUAUGGGAAGUCUUAGUAGCUAUAAUGAUAAUAGUGGGCUUGGAAGCAGCUAUGGGAGUUAUGGAGAUAGUAGUAGCAUAUUUGCAUGUUAUUCACCUGUUUGUCCGUCUGUGAUGACUGUGCAUAUGCAGAGUAGUGCAUCAAUGCUUGGAGGUAGUCCCAAUGCUAGAUGGAGAAUCAUGCAGUACUCUCAUGGGAACGGAGUUGGUAUGAGUCCAUCGGCCAGAAACUUUUCCCUGCUUCACCUUGGCACUAGUCCCUCACAGUUUACUCCUCCAAGCUCCUAUGGUCAAGGUUCAGUAGGCUCCCCUGGACAUUAUGGUCCUACUUCUCCAGCUAGAAACAGUUGUCAAGGAUCACCAUUAAGUAAGAUGGUUGUGGCCAGCCAGUUCAUGAAGAAAAGUCGGGGACAUUCUGGAAAUUCACAAUCUCAAGAAAGUUUGUCAUCUUCAAACAGACCAGGACAAGUUACUGAUGGAAACAUUUCUAACCAAGCUGAGAGAAACUCUCAGGUUGUUGAUGGCCUGCCGUCUCGUAUACGGUCAAAUUCCAGCUCAGCCAAUUGGAAGCAACAGCAAGGUGGCAUUGGAAUGGCUACAAGUUAUUCAAUUGUUCAGAACAUACCCAAGUCCAUCAGACUUGGUUCUAGUGUGCAACUGCAGUAUAUCACAGGAGCAACUCAAGACAAGUCGGAGGCCAGCAUGCCAUUGUCAGGUCCUGGAUAUUGGGAUCCAAAUUAUAGUGAUGAACUUCUUCUGCAAGAGGAUGGAUCAAAUGAGAGCCACGUAUCUGCUGAGUUUGACAGAGGAAUGCAGAUUGGUUCGGCUGAUUCAUUUGUCAGAAUUGGCAGGUUCAACCAUGUCUCCUCGACUGCAAGCUCAAAUUUGUCAACUCAAAGUCCUCAUUUAGCUAAUGCUUCGCACGCUGGAUAUCCUCGUUUUGUGCCCACAAAUUCUCACCUCAUGCUGCACAACACAAAAUUCUCUGAGCCUAUCUAGGCAGCAAAAUGUUCAGCGGUUCAAUCAUGGAAGAUCAGCUGGUGUUCGGGAUAGAGAACAGAAUCACAUGAAAGUUCAUGUCCCUCCUAGCUUUAGUGCCAGGAGCCCACAUUCUCCCGGAAACAGUUCAUUAAGAAAUGACAUGCCAUGGGGCAACCUCCGCUUGGUACUGAGAAUAGUAAUCGAGUCCAUUUUGAAAUGAUCCUGUAAAUAAUGUAGGACGAAAGGCGAAACAUCCCUAAUGAAACGAUUGCCUAAUGUUGGAAUCAACUUGAUUUCUUGUGGUGUUCUUGGAUUACAUAUUGGUUAUUUGGCAAGAAAUUUGUAUGCAAUAGUUCACUUUGUGAACUUACCAUAAGCAAAAUACUCAUCCAGACCAUGCAGUCUCUCUUGCUGUGCUCUGCAUAAAUAUAA